GAAGGCGAUUAUCUGAUGGGUGGACUUUUUGACAUUCAUAAUGUUAUUGCCCAAGUUUACAGUGACAGACCUGAAGCUAUUGACUGUUCCAGAGAAAGCUUAAUUACUUCAAGUUAUCGAAGGUUUCAGUUGAUGAGAUUCUCCAUAGAGGAAAUCAAUAAUUCAACCAACCUUCUGCCAAAUGUAUCUCUUGGCUAUGAAAUAUUUGACCACUGCUCAAAUACGCACAAUUUCCCAGGACUUUUCAAGCUCAUCUCAGUAAAUGACUGGAUUCAGCCUUGGGGUGUCCAAAACAAAAAUUUGUCCAGAAUGUCAAAGGUUAUUGCAGUAGUUGGCCCCUUUUCCAGCACUGACACCACAACUGUGGCCCCACUCUUCAUGGCGGAUCUCAUUCCUCUGGUCAGUUAUGGUGCCGCUAGCUCUGCCUUCUCAGAAAAAGCUAAAUUUCCCUCUUUCCUGAGAACAGUAUUUUCCAACAAAGCUGUCAUAGAAGUGAUUGUCAGCAUCAUACAACAUUUCAGCUGGCGCUGGGUUGCUUUUCUAAACAGUGAUGAUGAUUUUGGUAAUGAUGGACAGGAUAUGUUCAUAAAGAGAAUCAAGGACACAGAGAUCUGUCUGGCAUAUACCAAAGGCCUAAACUACAAAACAAAUUACUCACAAAUGUUCAAACAGAUAGAGGAACAGAAGAUAAAUAUCAUUAUUGUUUUUGUUCCAAAACUGACUGCUGAAGCUCUCAUUAUGUCAGCAAUACAACUGAAUAUCACAAACAAGGUGUGGAUAGCAGGAGACACUUGGUCCUUGAACAAGCGGCUCCCCAAGGAGGAAGGAAUCACAAAUAUUGGAACUGUGCUUGGGGUGUCUCAGCCAGUUGUGUCAAUACCUGGAUUCAGUGAUUUUGUGUAUUCUACCAAAAGCAAGGAUCAUUGUGACAGUGCAGAAGAGAUUAUGUUUUGUAAUCAGGUUUGCAACUGCAGUGGCCUGAGUGCAGAGACGGUCGUUUCUGUGGACCCGUCUUACUCUUUUCCUGUGUAUUCUGCUGUGUAUGCCAUAGCACAUGCAUUACACAGAGUCUUACAAUGUGGCUCUGAUAGUUGUAAAGGCAAUACUACAGUGUACCCACACAUGGUCCUGGCAGAGAUGAAGAGGUUGAAAUUUACACUUUUGAACCAAAGCAUUGAGUUUGAUGAAUUUGGUGACCCUAAGUUUGGAUCAUAUUCCCUUGUUUUCUGGAACAGCAGUGGUGAUGCAGUCGAGAUUGGAUAUUAUAAAUUUCAACCAUCACAACAUUAUUUCAUCAAUGACAGUAAAAUUCAGUGGUACACAGAUGGAGACGUGCCUACUGCACUGUGUUCCCAUGAAUGUGAUGUUGGAUAUGCUAAAAAGCAAAAUGGGAUCCACAAAUGCUGUUUCAACUGUGAAAUUUGUCCAAAUGGAACUUACAUCAACAUCACAGAGGAUCCCUAUGAGUGUUUCAACUGUAAAGACACAGAAUGGUCUAAAGAAGGAAGUACAUCAUGUAAUCUGCGCUUAGUGGAGUACAUCCCAUUCACAGACAGCUGGGCCAUACUGAUCAUGUUCGGGGCUGUUGCUUUUGUAGGUCUCACACUAGCAGUGUCUGCUCUCUUUGCCAUCAACUACAACACCCCUGUAGUCAGAUCUGCUGGGGGACCAAUGUGCUUCCUCAUUUUAUGCUGUCUCAGUCUCUGUAGUCUCAGUGUGUUCUUUUAUUUUGGAAAGCCAACAACGCCCUCUUGUAUUUUAAGGUUCUUGCCAUUUCUUCUGUUCUACACUGUUUGUCUUGCAUGUUUUGUGGUGCGUUCAUUUCAAAUUGUUUGUAUUUUCAAAAUUGCAGCCAAGUUCCCAAAGCUCCACAGUUGGUGGAUGAAAUAUCAUGGACAAUGGCUGAUUAUCACCGUGGCAUUUGUUACUCAGGCAUUCUUACUCCUUGUGGGCUAUACAUAUUCUCCCCCCAAGCCCUACAAUGAAACAGUGUGGUACCCAGACAAAAUUAUACUUGGUUGUGACAUUGAUCUAAAAGCAUCCUCUAUUUCUGUUGUUUUACUUGUAUUUUUAUGCUCCUUGUGCUUUAUUUUCUCCUACAUGGGGAAAGACCUCCCCAAAAAUUACAAUGAGGCCAAAGCAAUAACCUUCUGCCUGCUCCUACUGAUCCUCACCUGGAUCAUCUUUGCCAGUGAAUACAUGCUCUACCACGGAAAGUUCAUCCAGGCUCUUAACGCCCUAGCAGUACUCUCCAGCCUCUAUUGCUUCCUGUUGUGGUAUUUCCUCCCAAAAUGUUACAUCAUGAUUUUUCAACCCCACAAAAACACACAGCAACAUUUCCAAGGUCUCAUUCAGAAUUAUACCAAAACAAUCAGUCAAUAGCUGCUUUCAGUAAACAUCUUAAU